AUGUCUGCUUCCAAACUCCUCAUCAAGGCCGGUAUCACAGGGAAACAAGAAUUCUCUGUCGCGAACUCCUUCCUCAACCUCCCUGACGGGCAAAUUCGUGGCAUCACCCGCAACCCAUCUGCAGUCGCCGCCCAAGAAUGGAUCUCCAAGGGAGUCCAGCUUGUGAAGGCCAGCCUUGAUGAUAUUGCCUCCCUCCCUCGAGCUUGCCUUCCACGGAGCCUCCGCCAUUUUCGCCCGAAGGCCUCACGGAAAGGACACAUGAAACUUCCACUUCGAUGGCGAGGCGGCAUUACUGGAGCGCAUUCGGGACGAGCUCCCCGACCUCGCCGCCAAGUUGAGUGCCGUUCAGAUGGCCAUGUAUGCGACAACUGGAAGUCGGGGAUCGGACGGCCUGAGAAACAGGGGGACGGUUCGUUUCUCGUGCGCAUCCCUGAAGAGCGAGGUCAACCGUUGCCGUGGGUCGUGACGAAAGGCGAUAACGGCAUCUUCGUGAAAAUUUUAUUGAAGCAGGAUCCGGGCAAGCAUGUUUUAGGGUUUUCGUAG